AUGGAUCCGUAUAUUACCACUCGUGCUUGUGCCGGGGCAGUUAUUAAUCAAUGGUGGAUAAUUACCGCCGGUCAUUGCGUAAAUUGCAACGCGUCGAAGUACACGUGUCCGUUCACAUUCAAUAUACGAGUCGGUGUUGUGGACUCGGACUCAACGCGUGGGCACAACUGCGGCGCCGCGCGGGUAUACCCGCACCCGGAAUACAAACCGGCCGAAUGGGAAGUUAAGCCCGAUAUUGCACUCAUCCGCGUAAACACUUCCAUACCGUUUACCGAUCGACUGGCCAUUACUAACGUAUGUCUGCCGGCCAGAGGUUUGGUCAACACGGGGUCGGAGUACGCGGUGACCACCGGAUGGGGUGUGACGGGUGAAGGCCGUUUGUCGCCCAGAAUUCGUCAAAUGGGUUGGGUUCGCAUUGUGGCCACCGAUCCAAACCUAUGGCCCACUAAUCACACGGAACUUAUAUUUGGUCACAUCACGCCACUCACCUCAGGUACGGCCAUCUGCGCCGUCCAAAUAGAGGACUGUUUUCUAAAAAUAAGUAGACAGUUGGUCACCGGCGAUUCCGGGGGACCGUUAGUGCAGUACGUGUCGGGUCGGGCGGUACUGAUUGGUGUGACCGCAGGACCGUUUUAUUUUAACAGGUCACUUUAUAAUAACGAUUGUGCCGUUAAUUAUCCACAUUCUGUGAUGGGUUGGACCCGAGUCUCCAUUUAUAUCGAUUGGAUUAUUGGUGUCAUUAAUAAUGAAACACAUUCUGGACGUUAG